AUGCUGUCAACGAUAAAAUUGCGGAUCAAUCCUAUACGGCAACUUUCGUGGAAACGGAACUUUUCAGUUACAUUGAGACGACGGGAAAUCAGAGAUAUUGACUCGCUCCCAGCUCGGCUGAUUCCGAGUUAUCAAGAGUCGAACGAGAAUGAUCUUCUCUCUCUCCAGUGGCCAGCCCCCCCGCGGAACGUUUUUGUCGUCAAAAAGGACUGUGCACCGGAGGUGACCAAGUCGCUGGUCGAGUUCAUCAAGUACCGCUCCCGAAUCUCAAUUCACACGGCGUCUACGUAUCCUUCAAUUGGCAUCGUCUUGGAGCCGAAGGUUGCGGAGGAAGUACACUCAUCAUUGUCGUUUCCGGUCUAUACGGCGCAGUUGGAUAGACUGCCCUGCGCAUUGCAUAAGAAGGUGGACCUCAGCGUUACACUUGGCGGUGAUGGGACGAUUUUGCAUGCUUCCUCUUUAUUUGCCACGUGCGUCAAUGUUCCACCGAUGUUGUCGUUCAGCAUGGGUACUCUGGGGUUUCUCGGCGAAUGGAAGUUCAGUGAAUAUAAGCGCGCAUUCCGCGAAGUGUAUAUGUCUGGCGCAGGAGUGGGAGAUCGCGCUUCUGUCCUCGCGACCUCCCAGUCUUCGAACGCCAAGGAUAAAUCAGAGGGCACCACUGGGUGGUCAUCAGUUCGCGGCAAAUCUAUGGGUCUGAAUCGGGGAGCUCGAAUCUUAAUGCGGAACCGUCUCAAGGUUGCUCUAUUCAAUGCAGAUGGGCACCCUGUUGAAGCAGAUAAAUGUUCAAAACACAACCGAGGCAUCGAGAACGACGGACUAUACGUUAUGAAUGAAAUCCUGCUUCACCGCGGAAAGGAGCCGCAUCUUGCCAUCCUGGACGUAUAUGUGGGAGGGAGAUUUCUCACCGAAGCAGUGGCGGACGGUAUCAUUAUUUCCACACCCACUGGAAGCACAGCAUACAGUCUUAGCAGCGGAGGCAGUAUCGUGCAUCCCCUAGUGCCAGCAGUGCUUUUGACCCCAAUCUGUGCUCGAAGCCUCAGCUUUCGGCCUUUAGUUUUGCCGGCGAGCACACCAAUCACUCUUCGGUUGAGCGAGAAAAAUCGGGGGAGAGAACUGGAGGUCAGUAUUGACGGCGUCAACAUGACCCGAGGAAUGACAGCAGGAAUGGAAGCUCGUGUCUGGAAUGAGGAGAUGCGGCAUGGCAAGAAUGAGUGGCAAGGUGGAGUGCCCUGCGUGAUGCGGAGGAUUAUGGGCGGCGAGUCUCAAGAUGGCGAAGCUCAUGAUGGCUGGGUAGGAGGAUUGAAUGGACUGCUUAAAUUCAACUACCCCUUUGGAGAGUGAGCCAGCGACGGGUGAAAGGUAUUCCGCCUCUUCUAUACACAUCCCUCGUGUCCAUUAGCCGCUUCACAAACCACCUCUACGGA